AUGAAUCCUGAUGAAAGACCACAUCCUCUUCUCUCCCAAGUGCCCCUUGUUAUCUCGCCCUUCUACAACCCUCCAAAGACUGUGUCUCUCCCCUACAACUACAAAUCGCUCCCAUCCCAGUUGCCCCCAAGUCUCUUGAGCUCAUUCGACAGCACUCAAGGCCAUAUCCAGGCCCUCACCAACGACGCCUCUCUUCUUAGCUCCCAGAUGGACCAAGUGCUUCUCCACUCCCACAGAAACGACUACCAGGCCUGGCUUCGACACUCCACGAACCAGUUGGCCCCAGGCUACUUCGACACAAAUUUGCUCCUGGCCAUGAAGAAGUUGUCCAAGUGA